GCAUUGUCUUGCAUUGCCCUGCCUUGAAUUGCCUUGCCUUGCCCUGCCCUGGUGGAUGGAUGCAGUAGCCAGUCCGCCUCCAGCACCGACUCGCUCUUUCAUGGACAGCAACUAUCGACCCUUCACACUUCCACCCCCACUCCGACCAUCAGCAGCGAAAGCAGAAAGAAACCAACAGAAAGAAAGCGAGAGAAUGGCCAACAACGACAAGUCAGCAGCAGCUGUUCGGCCCUUUGUCGGCGAGAUCCGAAAUGGGCUGAAACCAUCGAUGAGGAUUACUAUUAUUGGGAUCGUUCAUUCGCAGCCUAAAAGUUUUGUUGUAAGUCUCAUCAAUAACUCUUCGGACCCAGACACCGACAUUGGCCUUCACUUGACCGUUAGCUUUCAGGAUCGCUCAGUUAUACGAAAUGCCAAGGUUUCUGGCGAAUGGGGAAAAGAAGAAAGAAUUUUACCUUAUUUUCCAUUUACACCUUCACAGGACUUUAAGAUGGAAAUCCUGUGUGAACACCAGCAAUUCCGUGUGCAGGUUGACGGGCAGCAGGUAUUUGAUUUUACACAUCGUAUAAAGCAACUUCAAAAACUAACCUCCUUAAAAAUCGUAGGUGAUGUUUGCCUGACUAAAGUGGUUUGAUGCUGAAAACAAAAGCCUGAACACAAGCAUGUGGAUGAUUUUUUGACAACUUUUUAUAAUUUUUGUAUAAAAAAACCCUAGAGCUCCUUUAUCUUGCACCAAAAUGACAAAUAACCAGCCUUCGAAGCAACACAAUUUCCUGAACAUCUUCAAUAGUUGGGUCUUGAAAAAGUAUAUUUUUCCUAUUUAAUUUAUGGGAUUCGACGAGAAGGGUUUGUUGUGGAAGGUUCCAUGCACUGUCAAUUGUUCAAAAUUAAACUUAAAAGUGC